GCUGCGCGCGGGAAGCCGGCCGCCUCCGCUUAGCCAUCGGGAGUGGAACCACAGGUGGCCGCGCGCUGCCGCCGGCGCUCGCCUGCCAUUGGCCGGACGUGAGCGCGGCAGGCAGGGGAGCGCGGCGGCCAUUGGCUGGGGGACGGGGCUCGGGGACGGCGGCCGCCGCGGGCCAAGCUAGCGGCGAAGCGAAGGGACCGGCGGCGGCGGCGGGAUGGGCGCGGAGCCGCGGCGCGAGGCCGGGGGCAGCCCCGUCUUCACCCUGGAGGAGGUGUCGAGGCGGGGCUCGAGCCGGGAGGCCUGGCUGGUCAUCCACAGCCGCGUCUACGACGUCAGCCGCUUCCUGGCCGAGCAUCCAGGUGGAGAGGAAGUUUUGCUUGAGCAGGCUGGGAGAGAUGCCACAGAGAGCUUUGAGGAUGUUGGACAUUCGAUAGAUGCCAGGGAAAUGCUCAAGCAGUACUACAUAGGAGAGGUUCACCCGUGUGACCGUAAAAAUGAAGGCUCUAAGGAUCCAGAUGCAACACCUGGCAGCCAGCUCAGCUCUGAGUCUGCUAGCAACGCUGAUGCCUGCAGAGCCAAGUUAUUGUCAGGCAGUGUCUGUCCUAACUCUGGGACCCACAUUCCUUGUGGUGCAUGGAGCAAGUGCAACUUCCUACUAUUCCAGUACGUGUUCGUGCAUGCAUCUCUCUCUCUCUCUCUCUUUCUGUAAGUUAUGGGCAACUUUUCUUUCAGUGCCUUUUUUUGUUAAGCCAGAGAACAUGAAACAGCUGCUAGUGUGUGAGCCUGUGAAUUGCUUCAGUCCUUCAUAUGAGUGUCAUCAGAGAGAAACUGCCAACUGUCUCCUGUCCUAUCCAGCAAAGACGUUCUAGGACUGACUAGUAAUACUGCUUUCCUGGUGCAUGCAGGCAAGAAUAACAAGAGCAGCAGGAAAUUGUUUGCUCUCGCUGCCUUUUUCUGUAUGUGUCUGGUUUUAAACGGUUAAGCAAAUAGAUGUUUGUAUCUUUUAAAAAUGCUCCAGUUCACUUUGUAGUAUUUGUACCUGUCCCUUCUAACCUGCCUGUCCUGUAAAAUGAGAGCUCACAGUUGUCAUACCUGGGGCCCCAGCUCCCCUGCCUGCUUUUGCUACGUGCAGUAAUAUUAGGAAACAGCUCUGAUAACUGGCCUCCUUGAACAGAGGUCUUCUGUCUGUUCCUGAGCUCCUGGUCUGCCGCAUGUACUUCAGAAAAAGCUCAGCCCUAUCUAAAAUGUGGGGCUAAGCAAGACCAAAACAGGAAGAAGACUUAAGUCUCCUACCUUGGGAGCGCAACGUAUGAUGCUCUUGGGACCGGAACUGGAAUGUGAUGUUCCACCACUAUCUGUUGUGUAGUUGGCCCCAUACAAGGAAAAAAAGUGUUUUGUGGAUUGCCAGGCCUUAUUCUUCCUGACCUACAGCACAGAGGGAACAGAAGUAAUGCAUGUGAUUGACGUAACAGAACAACUUAUAGGAAAAGGGAAUUGGUGUCCUGGUUCUAACAUCCCCCGGUGGUUCUCUUUACCAUUGCUCUGACACUGGUUUUCAAUAGAGUGUCUUAGCAGGUGAGAAAUGCCUUCUUUGCUCCAUUGCUUCUCUUUUGUUGCAUGCUUUUCUCCCAUAUGUAAAGCGUGUGUGUGCGCAUGCGUGUGUGUGUGUAGAUAGAUAGAUAGAUAGAUCAGUCUAGCUCCUUGUUCUUCUUUCCUCCUCCUGUGCAGGUAGCACACUUCCUUGCAUUGUGGUUUAGCUGACUUAACCUCAGGGAAUUCAAGUGUCAUUUUUUAAAUGUACAGGGCCAUGAGAUCAAUACACAUUAAGAGAGAAAGUCCUCUGGUGUUAGUUGUGGAGCUUCCAGGAUGGCAGCAUUUGGUUUUGUUAUUGUUGGGAUUCCACACAACAGGAGUUUGGUUAAAGACCCUUCUUUUGGGCACUCAGAAGGGUGUAGCUGCCAUGUUAGUCUGGGAUCUGGUAUAUGGAGCUUCUGACGUCUGUGUGGCAUGGCGCUAAAGACUGCUAGCAAUCCUUAGGCAUCCCACCAUUGCAAGCUGUCCUUGGCUCACUGCUACAAGGAAAGAAAUUGGACACGUCAGCCAAGUUGCUUUUUUGUUGUGUUCCAAGAUAGAUGUAAAUUUAAGCCAGAUUAAACCCACCAGCAAAUUCCCCAAUUCCUAUCAUAAAUAAAAGGUAAACGGGCAGCCUGAGUUAUGACAUCCAGUCAGCAGGCCCAUAGAUCACAGACAAAAUGAGAGCUGAAUGGUACAGGGCUCAGAAAAAUAGAGUUGGUUACAUUUCAGUCAACUUGGGUUUAUGAAAAAUAGCUCUCCAGUUCUUCUCAAACUAACAUAUCUUUUGAUACAAGAGAUUUGGCUGAUAAAAGUAAUAGUCCUGAUGUGAUGCCUAAACUUCUGUAAGGCACGAGACUUUGUACUGCAAGACAUUUGGAUAAAUAAAGUAGAACGAUACAAAAACCAACAUGGCCCAUUACAUGGAUUUAAAAUGACCUGAUAGAUCUCAAAGCAGGUAUAAAAGGUGACCGUUCAUUAAGUGCUUGUGUUUCUAGUGGAGCCCAGUAGGAGUUGAUUCUUGGCAUUAUGCUAUUUAGCAUUUAUCAAAGACAUGAAAGAAAAAUAAUCAGCAGUAACGACAUUUGUAAAAAACUGAAAGACUGGGGGAAUGGCACACAAUGAAGAGGACAAAUCGCCGACAUCUAGAUUGACCGGGGAGCUGCACACAAUCAAACAGCAUGUCUAAAUGUGGCCAAAUAUCAAUUCCUGCAGGUAGAAAUGAAGGACAGGCUACAAUAGUUCUGUAAAGGACUUUGAGGGGCAUGAUGGAUAAGAAACUGAACAUGAGCUCCCAGAGAAGUGUGAUGAGACUGAUUUACUAUGGUCCUUUCUGACCUUUAUACACUGCAUAAUUAUGUUAGCCAAGGAGGUUUCUCCACAGCCAAUGAGAGCAUAUGGGAUGGAAGGAAUUGUCACACCUACUUGUUGUAAGCAGCAUAUUUCAUAUUUUCUAGGUUGGAAUGCCCUUAUUUCUAAAAACAGCAUUUACCAUUCAAGCAGAAAACUAAAAUCAUGCUUGCUACUAAUAAUCUCUGUAUAUCAGGUUUUAGUCUCCUUUCCACUGUGUGGGAUGAGAACCUCUAUCUCCCUGGGUCACUAGGCUAAGAUCUCUUGCCAGCUGCAUGUAACUGUGACUGAUAAACCAGCUACGCUAUCCCAGGUAAGAGUCCUGUGCCAGUAGCAUUAUUCAAGUGUUCUUAUCCUUAGCUUCGCAGGAUAAUUCAGGUUAUUUCUACACCAGUAUUUGGGGUUUGCCUUGGUCAUGCUCGCCAACCCCCCCUGCUUUCCUGUGAAUUUCCUACCUUGUAGUCUGCACCAAAACCAUUCACACUGCUGCUUAUUUCAUGAGCACAAUGUGCAGAUAUCUCCCAGGUUCCCUCUAGGAUUUGGUCUGCAACUGUGGUAGCUGUACGGACUACACCAGCAGUCUUCUGGCAGGAGAAAAAGGAUGUGGGGUGCAGGAGAGCCAGAAAUCGGGAACAGGGAAUGGUGGGAUUGCUGCUGGCCAACUUUCUGUGCUUGGUGCCUGUGUGACUGGGUGAGUCCCAGAUUCUGCAGGUGUGGGUCAGCGGAGGUGGGUUGGAUCUCGUACCUGGAAGUUCAGCAGAGCUCCCCGGGCCAAGCUGGGCUUGCAGGGUUUACAGUGGAGAUGGUCCACAUCUGUGUGCUUGGGCACAGGCCUAGCUACUGGUGUAGACAUAACCCCGGCACCUUUCGGCUCUCACCCAAUUCUGUGUCUUUGCAGUGAAGGACCAACCAGGCUUUUUUCCUCUGUUGCACUUGUUUUUAACAGUCUACACAGAAUAAACUUUGCGUAGUGAGAACUAAAUGUCCACUCUACUGAAACUCUCCCCUCAGUCUAACACUAUAUUAACAGACAGCUAGAGCCACCGUCACUGAGCCAGCAAGGUCUCCUGGUGGUCCGGGGAGCAUUUAUUGUCUGUCCCUGCUGAUGAGACUGAUAAUAUGUGGGUUGGAGGUAAAGCCACAAAUAUCUGUCUCGUGCCCUGUGAUGUAGCUUCUUGACAGACGGUUACUUGGUGGGUGACUUCUUUAUUUGUUAAGAGCAAAUCCAUUCUUCCUAUGACUCUUUGCCUUUAAAAAAUGGAGGAACAAUUAGUUAUCAUUUAAUAAGGAGUUAUCUUCCCUCCUAGGCUUCUUCUAAUAAGACAUACUGUGAUUUGUAUUUUAAAUGAGAAUUUCAAGUCUUACUCCGUUUGCUCUGAGCCUGCACAACGAUGGUAUUUCACAGAUGCUGUUGCCGUUAGCCUUGGAACGAGGCUUUACCGCUAAUGCUCUGGAGUUGGCUGCACUGAGUUGCCCCUGAUUUCCUGGGGAAAGGGGGAGAAGAGGGACAUGUUCAGCCAGUGCAUGUAUCUUCUGCUGCUGGAGGCCUGGUUCCAGUACAGUGGGAUUCAUUUACAGAUUGUGCACUAGUCCCUCUUGUUCCACAGAUCCAUCCAGAUGACGUUCUCUGGUAGGCAUGCGGCACGGCCUAGAACUAAAAUGCAAGGAUGCUGCUGGUCAUGAUGGAAAACUGGAGCAGGAACACACCUAGUUGUUGCUGGCACUAACAUGAGCCUGACUGCAGUCUGCCUGGAUCUUUCAUAAGCACUUCCUUUUGGAGCAGGGGUUAUUGGGGUUCAUCCUCUUCUUUUCGGUUCACCUGGUGACGGACCCACUUAGGUUUCACACUUUUUGAAUGAACAAAAGCAGCGUUAACAACGUUUGUUUACCUCUCUUAGUUCAGGAAUUUUUUUCCUAAACAAAUCUUUGUCUUUACGCUGAGCUUCUCGCACCGCAGAUGUUUGUUACCAGCCCUGCCACACAAUAAAGGUACUGUUUCAACUCUCGUCUGCGCAAGAAAAAUAUUUUGCUGAAAUGAAAGCUGGGUGUGUGAGCUCUGCUCCCUUCUGGUAUUUUGGAAAGGGAUCCUGGUAAACUACUGUACACAGAAGCAAAAGCACUUAUUUAUGAAUGUAACCAAAUUAAAACUGGUCUCCAGGGCACCAGUGUAAUAGACUGUUGUUGGUAGCUUUUGACUCUUUAAGAACCUAGUUCCUUCACCAUCCGAAAGCAAAGGGUAACAGUGAAUUGGCUCCGUGAGCGAUAAAGACCAGAUUAUGCGGGUUUGAAUCUAUUCCCAUCUCUGUUUGAAUUUUAGUUGAUAAAGAUGAUGACUGGAAAGGGAACAAGAUACGAGCCUCUGUAGAGCCAAGUUUGAAAUGUGUUUGUCAUCUUAAUUGAUCCAAGGAAAAUACUGGUGGCAGUGGGAAGAAUUUAAGCAGCUGCCCGGCCCUGAAGUUGGAAUGACUUGUACAGUGUGAAUUCUUGUAUCUUGAUACUGUUUAACACUGCACUGUAUACUUGGUUUUGGGGGGUGGUUUUGGUUUUUAAUAAGCAUCUGUACAACUAAUGAGCACGCAGUUCUGUAUCGUAACUGUCAGAUGUUUCACUAAAGCUGGGUUAUUUUACUGCA